CUUGGCUCGAGACGCGCACCGGGUAUAUUUACGGUUCGCGGUUGCCGGGUCGGUGACGGCACGCACGUGGGUAUCUGUCGGCGAGGGAGGCAACGAGGAACGGCGUGAGACAAGAUAAAACUGACGAGGGAGAAUUGGCAGUCCCGGAGGAUUCGCGAUGCCGAUUGAUACACUCGACGCGUCGUUAGCCACCGGCGUGUCACUACCCUUCGAAAGGGACUCACUGUAGCGAUAAAGUAUUUCUAGCCAGCCUGAUCCGUCUUGCGUUUUCGUGCGAGUCCUGUGCGUACAAUAGCGGUUGUCAGAAUUGCUUUCCGAGCGCGACGAGGUAGGGGCAGAGAUCUCUGCCGACGAUAUCUCCCUCUCCGUCUUUCUCGUUCACGAGUUCGCUCUCUUGAAGCGCCGGCAUUGAAGGGCUGCAGUCGUGAUCGGAUGCUCAGCGUGUACGGAUCGGAGCACAAGGUGCUCGAUUAUCAAGUGAAUGAGAAAGAAUUCGGAGCAGUGAAUUCGCGAACAAACGACGCCGAUGAGCAAUGUUCCUCACGAGUGUUCCUCAGGCGCCACUUGAUCGCGAGGCGUACGUUCCUGCACGAAGUCGCUCUUAAAUAAGCUAGGAACUGUCGAAGAGAGUGAAGUGGGUCCUGGAAGAGGACCCGGAUAGAGUGAGGAGAGAAACGUCGAAGGAUCCGACGUGCAACGCCAGGACCUUCUACAGGACAGACUCCAUGAUGUCGUACGCCAACCGAUUCCCGUCCUCGCAGCACAUUCGUUAUCGCAGUAGCUGGGGCCCGUCCUCGGUUUCUGUUUUCAAUCGUGCCGAUGUGCCGCGACCCUCGCCGGAAGAGGAAGAGUUCGAGUUCUAUCACGAGCGACUGCACUCGGCGCAAAGUCGUCAGCUGAUACCGCUUCAGGAAGAUCUGGCCGAUUGGAUAAACAAGACGUUAAAUGUGGAUUAUAUAACGGGUGACAAUUUCUUCGAUGUGCUCGAUAAUGGCGUGAUUGUCUGUCGACUGGCAAGGGUUAUCCAGGAAAAAGCGAGAUCCGCGAUAGAAGCUGGACGAGCUAAAGGAUCGGUACCAGUAAUACGUGGCCGUUGCUGGGAAAAUGCCGCACGUCGCAGCUUCUUUUCCCGCGACAAUAUGGAGAACUUUAUACAAUUCUGUCGGCGGCUGGGCGUCCACGAGAAUCUCCUCUUCGAAAGUGACGAUCUCGUUUUACACGGUCAACCACGGAAUGUAGUGCUAUGUUUAUUGGAAGUCGCACGACUGGCGGCUAAAUAUUCUCUAGAACCACCUGGACUCGUGCAACUCGAGAGGGAAAUCGCGGCGGAGCAAGAAAGGGAUCUUCACUGUUUGUCUGACAGCGGUAUAUCUCACAGCAGCCUCUCUUGGCAACUUCAAUCACCGUCACCGACCGCUACGCCCAGACCGCCGGAGAAGAUCAAACACAGCAGCUCGGCGUCCGAAGUCGCGACGACGGCCACGCGAUGGUUGGAUCCCGUGACCGGUGCCACGCACGAACCUGAAAUGCGAAGGUCCGUUAGCGACAAUGGUCCGACUGGAAGCGAUGGCGUGCCGAGUGACACAACCGAGGACGACUGGUCCCGCGGCAGCGCCGAGGAUCCGGACGAAGUUCCAUCGCCGUCGAGUUCGCCGUCACCUUCGCCGGCCGAGCCACCGGAGCACACUGGCCCGAUAACAGAGCUCGAUCGCAAGGUGCGAAGAGCUACCGAGGCCAUCCAGAGACUCUGUCAAUGCCCAUCAGGAAAAUGCUCCAAAUUGAAAGUGCGCAAAGUCGGCGAAGGUCGCUAUCACAUCGCGGGACGUAACGUCUUCAUCAGACUUCUCAAGGGGAGACACAUGAUGGUGAGAGUGGGCGGCGGAUGGGAUACCCUGGAACAUUUCCUGGCGAGGCACGACCCCUGUCAGGUGAGGGUUCUUAACCGCGAGAGCACGCCGCCUCCCGCCCGUGGCACCAAGCACGACAGCUUCCUGCACAUUCGGGCCAAGUAUCGCAGCCCGCCGUUGGAGCCAAGCCUCUCACGUCGGUCGCUGGCCUAAGAGCACGUAGUGCCUAAUCAUGCGAUCACGCGACCCCUCGGGCUGCUCGCACGCGUGGCGCACAUGCGAAAUUGAUAUCGUGGUUUCCGGCACUCAGCUAUCGCAUCUUGCCGCGUACAUACCAUAUAAGAGCACUCGAUAUUCUCAACUCUGAUGAACACGUCGAUCACUCGGCGUGUUAAAUGAUGCGACGAAACGUGGCAGCUCGUGUAUUACCGUAAUAAGAAGGCAAUUCACGUGGUUUUCGCGCACGAUACAUUCCUUUUUUCCAGCACUACGCUCGACGACCCGAAAGAGAUGAGGGAAGAAAGACGCCGCGGAUCGUCUCAAGAGCUUGCGGUUGUUCUCAUGCACAUUCCGAUAUUCAUGUAUGCUAUUUGCGAGGUAUCUUUGCAGGCCGAAUCUCUCACCGGUAUCGUUCACGCCAGUUUACACAAUGCGAUACCUCUUUUAUCCUCGUAUUUACUAUACAUCUUCAAUUGUGUCACGUGCAUAUAUUUGUCACGCAUGUAUGUACGCGUUAUUUGUAGGUCACGGUGUAAGAGCGCACACGAAUCACACUAUUUUUAUUGUACAUUGUGCCAGGUGUUUGAAAAGCGUGUCGAAAUAUAUCCUCGCUGAUACGCUGCUGGUUUUUGAAGAUGGCAGUGUGAUUAUGAAUAAUCAAAGUUUUAUAUCCAAGAUUGUAUAAUUCCAUAACUCGGGAUACUUUGAUUAUUCAAUAUUUAUCAACGAAUAUAUAUUAUAUGUGCUUCCAUCUUUUGAAUCACUUCUCUUCAGGUACUAACAUAAUUAACGUCUAUAUCUGGAAAUUCUUCGACAAAGUCUAGAAAGUGUGUUGCACUCGGUAAUAAUAAUGUUAAGAACGCAAUGACCAAAUUUUAUUUUUAGAACUAUGUCACAUCAUGAUGUAAUCAUUAUAAUAAUAAUAAUAAUAAUAAAAUAGUGAUUUGAAUAAAUAUCCAUUUAAGCUCAAACAUUGUGCCCUUGUACGUGCAAUAAAAAAAACAAAAGUGCAAUUAAAGUCUCAGGUAGAUAAUCGUCUAUAUAAAUGUAUCACGCCUUAAAAAAGAUCGAUAAAUUUUUUU